CUUUGACUAGUCUUCCUCCCAAUUAUCAACCGUUCAUGGCAGGAUCUCCCUCCCAGUGCUGCUCAAGUUGAUUAUAAUAAAAAAUAAAACGAAGAAUUUGGGCUCUCAAAGCUCAAUUUCUCGCUUCAUCACUGCCACACAAGAGAUUCCACAGGAUACGAAUGAGACAGAUUCAUCCCACAGUUUGACUUGGAACCCAUGGAACCCAUCGUACAAUCACAACAAAAAACCAGUUAUUUUCCCUAUAAAUCCCCGUCAAGGAAAACAAACUAGUUUCAGGAUGUGACUCCCGGAGAAUUGUCGCCGGCGAUGGCCUCUUCUCCACCCAGCUGUCCGCCGUUUGACUUCUCCGGCAAGUAUUACUCCACCGAGGCAGGGGGAAGCUGCGUGAGGCAGGGCAGCUUCUUUGGGGGAAAAGCUGUGUUGAAUCAAGGAGUUGGCUACUCUGUUAUUCUUGGAUUUGGGGCUUUCUUUGCUGUCUUCACCUCUUUCCUGGUUUGGCUGGAGAAGCGAUAUGUCGGAUCACGCCACACGUCAGAAUGGUUCAACACUGCUGGCCGGAAUGUCAAAACAGGACUUAUUGCUAGCGUAAUUGUAUCUCAGUGGACUUGCUCAGCUACAAUUUUGCAAAGCUCUAAUGUUGCGUGGCAAUAUGGAGUUAGCGGUCCUUUCUGGUAUGCCAGUGGGGCUACUAUCCAGGUACUCUUGUUUGGUGUAAUGGCAAUAGAGAUCAAACGAAAGGCUCCCUAUGCUCAUACGGUGUGUGAAAUUGUGAAAGCUCGAUGGGGAACUGCUGCUCAUCUAGUAUUUCUCGUGUUUUGCUUCUUGACAAACAUCAACGUAACCGCCAUGCUGCUUCUUGGCGGUUCUGCUGUUGUGAAUGCGCUCACAGGAGUGAACAUCUACGCCGCAAGCUUUCUGAUUCCCCUUGGCGUCAUCGUCUACACACUUGCAGGGGGGCUAAAAGCCACCUUCUUAGCAAGCUACAUUCACUCUGUAAUAGUUCAUGUGGUAUUAGUCAUCUUUGUGUACUUGGUUUACACGGCAAGUAGUGACCUUGGCAGCCCAAGCAUCAUAUAUCAUCGACUAUUGGAGGUUGCAAGCAAAUCAAGGGCGUGUCAGGCGCCCCUCUCCCACGAUGGCCAAUCUUGUGGCCCUGUGAGUGGGAAUUACAAGGGCUCUUACCUGACGAUGUUGAGUUCUGGAGGGCUAGUCUUUGGGAUCAUUAACAUUGUUGGCAAUUUUGGUACUGUUUUUGUGGACAAUGGAUAUUGGGUAAGCGCCAUUGCUGCACGGCCUUCAUCAACUCAUAAGGGCUACUUGUUGGGCGGGUUGGUAUGGUUUGCUGUGCCGUUCUCUCUGGCAACUUCACUUGGUCUAGGAGCACUGGCCCUCGAUCUGCCUAUAACAGCAAGCGAGGCGAGCCAUGGACUUGUUCCUCCUGCAACUGCUAUCGCUCUGAUGGGGAAAGGCGGAUCUGUUCUUCUGCUCACUAUGCUUUUCAUGGCUGUUACAUCUGCCGGUUCGUCCGAACUAAUAGCUUUCUCCUCAUUAUGCACAUAUGACAUCUACCGAACUUACAUAAACCCGGAUGCCAGUGGGAAGCAAAUCCUCAAAGUGUCGAGGGGAGUUGUCCUGGCCUUCGGAUGUUUCAUGGGAAUAUUAGCAGUAAUCCUAAACAAGGCCGGGGUUUCUCUAGGGUGGAUGUACCUUGCCAUGGGAGUGCUUAUCGGCUCUGCUGUCCUUCCCAUAGCUUUCAUGCUCCUGUGGCGCAAAGCCAAUGCAAUCGGUGCCAUCCUCGGGGCAAUCAUUGGCUGCAUUCUCGGGAUCAUAACUUGGUUGUCGGUUGCAAGUGUUGAGUAUGGAAGGGUCAAUCUUGACACCACCGGCAGGAAUGCGCCAAUGCUGGCCGGAAACCUUGUCUCUAUUCUUACUGGUGGAGCUGUUCAUGCUUUGUGCAGUCUUCUAUGGCCUCAGAACUAUGACUGGGAUACCACUAAGCAGAUAACUGUGGUUGAAAAGGAAAAGAGCGAGCUGCCGGCUGAGGAAUUCAAGGAAGAAAAGCUGAUCAGAGCCAAAGCAUGGAUAGUGAAAUGGGGGGUUGGCUUUACUGUCGUGAUUGCUCUGUUGUGGCCUUUGCUCUGUCUUCCUGCCGGGCAAUUCAGCAAGGGAUACUUCACAUUCUGGGCCGUGAUAGCAAUAGCUUGGGGCACCAUUGGAUCAGCUGGAAUCAUUGUUUUGCCAUUGACAGAGAGCUGGAAGACAAUCCAGAGCGUGAUGCUUGGCAUGUUUACAAACGACAGGCUCAUGGAAAAGCUCGACAAAUUGAAUGUGAAGCUGCAGACGAUCAUGUCAGCGAUGCCAGAAGCCGACAGAAUUUACUUGCUUGAGAAAGAGAAGGCCAAGAAGAAAGAAGCUUCAGAGCAAUUCGAAUCCCAUAUUGUCCCUGCCUAAUAUAUAGAUUUCUCACUCAGUAUGAACGAGGACAGGUUCAGAUUCCGCUUGAAACUGAAGUGAUGAAGAAGUGAAAAUGGCGGAGAAAUCAGGCUUGUUAAUUUGAAAUUUUCAACCAUAUGAUGAUUUAUGAGCUUUGAUUUUUAGCGAAGCUUGUCAGUACAAGGUGCUAGGAAUUGUCACUACUACUGUAAAACAGUUUUCCUUGUCCCAACCGAUAUCCUGUUCACUAGCAUGAAUAAAUGCAGCCAAAAUUUGCCAUGUUGGUUGA